CACAUAUACAUAUGCAUAUGCAAAUGACACGUGUAAUGUGUACAUAACUACAGAAUGCUCUAAUUUACUUUAAAACUUUCCAGUCGAGCUUGAAUAAUGAGUUCUGAUUUUAAAUACACGGCUUUGGUAACAGGAUUCGGUCCAUUUAGUGGUCAUGAUGUUAACGCAAGCUGGGAAGCUGUAAAAGAAUUAAAGAAACUAUCUGACACUUCGAAAGAACUGAAAAAUGUCAAACUGAUCAUUAAGGAGAUUCCAGUUUCCUAUGACGACGUAUCUGCUUAUCUGUCCAAGCUCAUAGAAGACUACAAUCCAACGGUAAUUCUGAAUGUAGGUGUAUCUAGUUUAGCAAAAUGUUUAACAUUAGAAUGUUGUGCUCGCAGUUGUGGCUAUGUAAGGCCAGACAUAUAUAAUAAAUGUCCAGAUGAAAGUACUAUUACAUCUGAGAUUUUUAAAACUAAUAUCGAUGUCCAUGAAGUUUGUAAAAUAAUUAAUGAAAGCUCAGAAGAAACAAAAUGUAGUGCAUGCAUUUCGGACAAUGCAGGCCAGUUUCUAUGCGAAUAUAUAUUUUACAAAUCUCUGCAAAUGAAAUCUCUGAAAGUACUAUUUGUUCAUGUUCCAGACUUGAAUGUUUAUUCAAGUGCUCAAACUGCAAGAGGUUUGUAUCACAUUUUGUGUUGCAUGAUUAAGGGUGUUGGAUAUCUGGAAUCAAAUGUUACUGAGGAACAAGAAAACCAGUAUAUUAAAAACAGUGUAUGAAAUGUCUUUUUAAUAAAAAUUAAUAACUAUUAAAAA